AGCUCUCCAACACCGUCAGCCAUGAAUGCGAUUUCGAAUCCAGCGACAUCUGUGGUUGGGUGGUGGAUGUGUCAGAGAGUUUCAAAUGGCGUCGCGCCAUGGCCGCCAAUGUGUUUACAUCUUUUCAUACUGGACCGAAACACGAUCACACCACAAUGAAAGCAAGUGGCGGUCAUUACAUGCUGAUGGAAAGCUUUGGCGCCACCACAGCGCCUGCUGCGCUCACAUCGCCCAUUUAUGGGCGAGAUAAAAGCCUUAGGACGGCAUGUUGUUUCCAAUUUUACUACCUCAUGUAUGGCGCUGGUGUGGGUAAUUUGAAUGUCUACGUGAAGCCGGUGGCGAAGAUGUUGUCGGAGGCUAUAGAGGAUAAGGAUAACUAUGUGAAAUUUACAAAGUCUGGAACUCAGGAAAAUAACUGGAUUGAGGCGCAUUUCAAUAUCGAUGAAAUGGAGGACGAUUUUCAAAUAGUCUUCGUUGCAGAUGGCGCUAAAAAUCACCUCAGUGACAUUGCCAUAGAUGAUGUUAAAAUAAUGACCGGAACCGAGUGUAAAUCCUUGGAUAAUCACGAUGACGGGCCGGAUGACUCCGCUGAGUAUGAGCCUACAACUACUGAGGCGUCGCUCUACGACACUUUGUCGUGCGAUUCACGUUGUGGCCAGGAAACAAACUUUGGCAUAAUGCGCAACGCAAGUCGACUAAUUGGUCUAUGCAGUUGCCACGACAGCUGUAUUGCAGAUGAUGACUGCUGUCCCGAUUACAUAAAAGUCUGCUUAGAUGCGGCAGAUGACGAUCAGAUUUCCACAACAUCCACAACCACAACGACAACAGCAAAUACCACAACGACAACAGAGAAUACCACAUCAUCAACUACAACUACAACUACAACACCCUCAACAACGCAGAAAACCAUCAUUACCACGCCGAGAACAACAACGACUACAACCACAGCAAAAACAACGCGAAAUCCCACGCCUACUACUAGUACAACAACUACCACUACGACAACAACUCGCAGGCCCACAACCGCUAGUACGAGCUCAACCUCUACGACAACUACAACAACCACCCGUAAGCCAACAACAACAAGCACAACCAGAACCACAACAACUACUCGUAAGCCUACACCACCGCCUACGUCUACGCGCACAACAACAAAACAAACGACCACAAAACGUACAACGCUAACAACAACAACAACUAGAAAACCAACAACGCCUAGAACAACUAAAAUAAUAAGAACAAAAACAACAACAACCGCAACCACAAAACGAUCAACUAUCUCAACCACUCGUCAGCCCACAACAAAAACCAUAAUUUACACACAGCCUAUGCUGGAAACAACUACUGGCGCUACGACUAACCGCAAGGUAUCUGAAGGCGUUACGAUGGAACUGUCGCGUAAUGAAACAAUUCGAACGCGAACCAAUACCACAAAGCACACCUGGCAAUGGCAACCGAAGCCAGAAACCAAUCCACGUCAAUCCAUAGCGCUCUUUUUUAUAUUUGCGCUACUGCUUAUCGCCAUCGUGACGGGCGCCAUCUAUCGACAUAGAGAACCACUCAAAGUCAUUUGGGUGAGAAAAUUAUUGAAAAAGAAUCAGAAUGAUGGCGGUGCUGAAGACAGCAACUCGAUAAUUGAAAACUUCCAUCCCGAAAGUGCAACGCAGAAUGGCAGCAGCACCGCUAGUGCAAGUACGGUGGGAAAUCGUUUGAAGCUUUCAUUACCCAGCCUCAGGCGGAAUAAACCGGGGUGUAGAGGGUCGGCUGACGAACAAUCACUGUGUGAGGAAAAUGAUAAAGAUGACAUACCGCUGUUGUAAGUGAGAUAACUGGAGUGAUACAUAAAUACAGACAUAAGUAUCUAGAUGAGAUUGUUUUCUAUUGAGAAUGAAAAAUAAACUCAUAGGAAUGUUAGUUUUAAAGUGUUUGAAAUAAAGCUUUGAAAGUUGCUAA